UUCUUUUCCAUAUAUAUAUAGAUUCUCUCUUUCUCUCCUUCCCUCUCUUUUUAAACUUUCCUUUUUUUUUAUGACAUUAUUAUAUUAUUAUUAUUAUUACUUUUAUUAAUAGAUCGUCAUGAAGUCUUUACCUAAUGAACUCUUGAUGCACGUUAUUGACUAUAUCCCUUCCAAUCAUUUAUCAGUCUUCUUAUUCGUUUGUCGAUAUACGCAUCAACUAGUCAGUGGAAAAGCUUAUCGAAAAACAAUGUUUCCAGAUGACUUGCCAUUAUCUGAUAUUAUGAAUUUUUGUCAAAAACACGGUUCUUCUUUGGUCACUAUCAAACUUCCUCAUGGUAAACGAUACCCCGAUACUUUCUUUAUGCUCCUCUUUCAACUCUGUCCCAAUCUCAACUUUUUACAAUCCAGUAUGACUCCAAAACAAAUUCAACGAUUCCUUUUUCGAACUCAUUACCCAUUGACUUGUUUUAUGUUGACUCAACACUAUGAUUAUGGUGACGAUUUGGAUGAUUUGAUAGGAAUGACUCAGGACCAUUACAAUGUCACGAAAUUAUCCUGUUGUUCGUCCAUUUUUUUAUUUCCUCAUCCUCCUAUACCCGAUACCACCUUGACUCAUAUCUCACAUUAUUUUCAUCAUCCUGGUGCUUUAAGAAAUGCUAUUUUACCUACCUUUGGUCCUGAUUUACUCUCUUUGACUUUGAAUGUAUAUGAUAUACUCACUCUUUCCGUGGCUGAAAUCAUCUCUCAAAAAUGUCCUCGAUUACGUUAUUUACAAAUUCCUCAUGUCAAAGCUCAAGGUUUAUGGAUGUUAUUACAUAAAUGUAAUACUUUGGUUGCUAUUGUGGUGGGUGGAAAUGAAACAAAUCAAGAUAGUAAUGAUAACAAUGAUUGGACAAUAAAUGAUGAUGAAUCGAACGUACAUUGGAUCAAUCAAGAAAAUCAAAAAGCUGUUGCAACUAUCAAGUCUCAUAAACGUGUAUGGUGUAUACAUCAACAAUCAUCACAUUCUUCCGAUUCUAAUAGGCUUUCUUGGCAUAUUGGCAUUCUACCAAAGAUAUGAAUUAUAUAUAUAUAUAUAUUUUCCACUUGUUAUUUUUACAUUACAUUGAAUAAAGAAUCAAUCUCUCGUGUUACCUUUUUUUUUUUUUCCUUC